AUGGCUUCAGAUGCUGUCAGCCCCGUUGUGGACCAGCUCCUCCGGAUGCUGACUCUCGAAGAGAAGGUGUCAUUGGUGGCCGGCAAGAACAUGUGGCAGACACAAGACAUUGCACGAUUGGGCAUUCAGUCUCUGCAAACCACCGAUGGCCCCGCGGGGGCUCGCGGCACGAAAUGGAACUACGGGUCCCUGACGACCCUGAUUCCCUGUGCGAUCUCACUAGCAGCCACCUUUGACCCGGCAUUGGUCGAGAAGGUCGGCAACGUGCUGGGUGAAGAAACAAGACGCAAGGGCUGCCAUGUCCUGUUGGCCCCAACAAUGAACUUCUCCCGCUCACCACUGGGGGGUCGCAAUUUCGAAAGCUUCGGAGAGGAUCCUUUCCUCAUCGGCACUAUCUCUACGUCCAUCAUCCGUGGGAUUCAAAGCAAAGGAGUGGGUGCGUGCAUGAAGCAUUUCAUCCUCAAUGAUACAGAGACCCGUCGCUUCAAUGUCGAUCAAUAUAUCGACGAGCGCACCCUGCGGGAGGUCUACAUGAAGCCUUUCGCUAUGGUCCUCGAGGCCUCACCAUGGACGGCAAUGGUCAGCUACCCGAAAGUCAACGGCAUCCACGCCGAUAUGAGCUCUUUCGUUCUUCAAAAGCUUCUACGUGAAGAGCUGCAGUUCGACAGACUCGUCAUGAGUGACUGGGGUGGCUGCAACAGCACCGUGGAAAGUAUCAUUGCGGGCACAGAUCUCGAGAUGCCAGGCCCACCAGUUCGACGGGGUCAGCUUUUGCUUUCUGCCAUCCGAGAUGGAAAAGUGGACGAAAAGAAGCACCUGGAUGUCAGUGUGCGACGCGUUCUGCAGCUCCUAGAACGUGCAUCUCUUCUUCCAUCGUUGGAAGGAUUGAAGAGUGCGACUAAAAUUCCAGAGCAGCCUGAUUCAGUCGAAGGGCCCUCGCCGGAUUAUGACGCCUUCCAUCAACUGGUGCGCGAGGCUGCGGAGGGCGGCCUAGUGCUGUUGAAAAACGAAAAUCUGCUGCCCCUCAAGCCUUCUGCGCUGAAGAAAGUUGCUAUUCUAGGCCCCAACGCCCACAAACCAACAGCCGGUGGCUCUGGUAGUGCGGCUGUGAAUCCAUUCUACAUCACGACGCCACGAGAGUGCCUGACAAAAGCACUCGAAGUCGCUCAUCCGGAGGCUCAGGUCACAUAUGAGCAGGGUGUCCCUUUCACCUUACGACCACCACUUUUUGGCAGUGCGCUUCGUCUGCCUGAUCUAUCUAAACAAGGAGUGCAAGUGGACUUUUACGCAGGUCAUGAGUUUGAAGGUGAUGUCGUCGCUACCACCUUCUGGGUCGACUCCAUGCUCUAUAUGAUGAGUGAUGGGGAUGUGCCCGCAUCACUUCUAGGAAAUCCAUACUGCUACAGAGUGACUGGAGUUGUCACUCCCGAGAUAUCCGGUCAAUAUACAAUCAGUGUCGCAAACACAGGCAAGGCCAAGCUCUUCAUUGAUGGUGUGCUCGUGAUUGACAACACUGAAUGGACCACUAUAACCGGGGGCUUCCUCGGCUGCUCCAGCGAAGAUAAGACGAUUUCCAUACGUCUAGAAGCAGGGCGUUCAUACAGGCUACAGGUAGACAACGUUGUCACCUUGCCGCUUGUCGAGGCCUUCGACAACACCAUCUUCCCUCGAGUAUCUGGUCUUCGACUGGGUCUUGCCCUCAAUGAAGACGAGGACGCUAUGCUGAAUCGCGCUGUUGAGGCUGCUCGCGACUCCGACGUCGCCAUUCUCGUCGUCGGUCACAACAAGGACUCCGAAGGCGAAGGUGGCGAUCGACCAGACAUGGAAUUGCCGGGUCGUACCAACGAGCUCAUUGCUUCCAUUUGUGCCGCCAAUCCCUCCACAAUUGUCGUCGUCCAGGCAGCUAGUGCAACCACCAUGCCGUGGGCAGACAAGGCCGGGGCUAUCGUUUUGGGCUGGUAUCAAGGCCAGGAGAACGGGAACGCCUUGGCCAACGCACUAUUGGGCCACUGCAACUUCUCUGGCAAGACUCCAAUUACAUUCCCCAAGACACUUGCCGAUCACGGCUCAAGCGAGUGGUUCCCCGCUCAGGCGGCACAAUAUCUCGCCGUCUUUGGCGAAGGUGUUUUGAUGGGGUAUCGAUCAUUCGAUGAGCGUAAAAUCGAGCCCAUGUGGCCAUUUGGCUUUGGUCUGUCUUACACCACCUUCGCAUUGAGCAAUAUACAUGCUAGUGGUGAGAUGCAUGCUUCAUCUGCCUCCAACAUUGUCAUUCAUGCGACCGUCAGUAAUACAGGGCAUUGUGGUGGACAUGAAGUCGUCCAGGUUUAUGCAUCGCCAUCUGAUCGUAUCCGUGAAAGUGGCCUGCCCAGUUUCCCCAAAACGCUGGUGGCAUUCCGCAAAGUGUGGGUCCCUGCUGGAGGGUCUGAAGAUGUACGCAUUGUCGUCAAGAACGAGGAGCUGCGGUGGUAUGACCAGGAGGCUGGAUCGUGGCGUCUUGACGCGGGCACUUACACUUGUUUCGUCGGUACUAGUGUGCGAGACAUCCAGAGUGAGUUGAAGAUCAAGGUUCUUUAG